AUGAGUGGAAUUGGAGAGGGUUCAAAGAGAGCUAAAUUGCCAAACUUUUCCAUUGAGGAAGAUGUUGCUCUAUGCCAUGCAUACCUAGCAAUUAGUGAAGAUCCAAUUAUUGAAAACUCCCAACAAGCUAAUGCAUUUUGGGCUAGGAUUCAUAAACAAUUCUUUGAAUUGUGCCCCUCCAAUCGAACUUCUAACAGCCUCAAAUGCCGAUGGAAUUUCAUUCGGCAACGUUGUCAAAAGUAUUGGGAGUGUCUCGUUGAAGCGGAUAGGAAAAAUAAAAGUGGAUCUAGUGAGCUGAAUAAGGUGGACCUAGUAAAAACUUUGUACCAUGAGAACGGCCCUCCUUUUCGUUUGGAUCAUUGUUUUGCAGUUUUGAAGAAUGCAAUCAAGUGGUCAACCGUAGAUGUUGAUAUGUCCCCACCGGCCACUAUGUCUCCAAACCUUAAUGUUAACUUAGAUUAUGAUGAGCAGGGUGAGAGUGUUCCAGAGACCCAGUACAAUAGUGAAAUCCCAAGGCCAAAAAAAAGGGCAAUAGGAAGGAAGGCUGCUAAAAUUGCCAAACAAAAAGGCACUGCAGAUAGUGAAAGCAGUGUCAAAUACAACUUUGCACUCUCAUCGUUCAAUGCAAGACGUGAAACAAUGGAUGAGUAUAAAGUCAUGUUGGUAGAAACAAAGGAUAUGACUCCAAAUAGAAAGGCGUAUUGGAAAUACCAGCAAAAAAAAAUUAUGAAUGCAUGUCAAGCUUCUCGGGUUUUAGAGUUCGAUGAUAAUGUGUAUCGUCCUGACCCCCCUCCUGGAUUUGACCAAGAAUGA